GACUCAGAAAACGGUUAUACAAAUCAUCAUAGCAACUCAAAUCUCUCUAUUCCUUCUCUCUCUCUCUCUCUCUCAACAACACACAAUCGUUUUCUCUUUAUGAAUAUAUAAAUAUAUUUUCUCUCUUUUAGAAAAGGUUUUAAAUGUUCUCCUCCUCACUCCUUUCCUUUCUUCCAUCUUUAUCAUCAUUUCUUUAUUCAAUUGCUUGCACAAACAAAUCAACACAAUAAAAAGAAGAAGAACGAACGCCAAAACCCCACCAAGCAACUGAUAGAAGAAGAAUAAGUUAAAUUUCAUUUUGAACUUUUAUUUGAUCAACGAGAUUGUGAAUUUUGGGAGCUGGGUUUGGAUGUUGAAAUUUUAGUUGAACGAGUUGAACGUGCGCUGAAUUUUUAUUUUAUGGAUAGAUUAUGCUGUUUCAAUUCUUCCUACUCCAAGCAGCUUGUGGGAGGACGCUCGUCGUCUACGGGUAAGGGAAGAAGCCAUGAGGGUUUAAUCAAGUUUGGUUUCAGUUUAGUAAAAGGAAAAGCUAAUCAUCCAAUGGAGGAUUAUCAUGUUGCAAAGUUCAUGCAGAGUCAAGGACACGAAUUGGGGCUGUUUGCAAUUUAUGAUGGCCAUUUGGGUGAAAGUGUACCUUCCUACCUACAGAAGCAUCUGUUUUCCAAUAUCCUAAAGGAGGAAGAGUUUUGGGCUGACCCCCGCAGAUCUAUCUCUAAAGCCUAUGAGAAGACAGACCAAGCAAUUCUUUCACACAGUUCUGACUUGGGGCGAGGUGGAUCCACUGCUGUAACUGCAAUUUUGAUAAAUGGUCAAAGGUUAUGGGUAGCCAACGUUGGAGAUUCUCGAGCUGUUCUAUCAAGUGGUGGCCAGGCAGUACAGAUGACUAUAGACCAUGAGCCCAACACUGAACGAGGCAGCAUUGAGAAUAAGGGUGGCUUUGUCUCAAACAUGCCAGGAGAUGUCCCUAGAGUUAAUGGGCAGCUUGCAGUUUCUCGUGCCUUUGGGGACAAGAGCCUUAAAUCACAUUUACGAUCAGAUCCUGACAUACAAGACAUCACUAUAGACGUCCAUACUGACAUUCUUAUCCUUGCAAGCGAUGGUCUUUGGAAGGUGAUGAGUAAUCAAGAGGCUGUUGAUAUUGCUAGAAAGAUCAGAGACCCCCAGAAGGCAGCCAAACAAUUAACAGCUGAAGCAUUGAAAAGAGACAGUAAAGAUGACAUAUCUUGCGUCGUCGUUAGAUUUAGGGGAUAAAAUCUUUAAAACCAUAUUCCUGCCAGAUGCAGUAUAUACCUGAAAUAAGAGUUUCUUGACAGAGGAUGCCAGUCUGUGAGUAGACCAACCAGAAGAAAAAAAAAAAAAAUACCCAUAACCGCUUGGGGUAAUCCUUAGAUAUCUGCAGAAGGUGGAAUUUGCCAGAGGA